GGAAAUCAGUACUUUAUUCAUGAAAGUGUGAAAACAAAAAGGGAAAAGAAGGCGCGAGCUAUAGUGAGAGAAAAGGGAAGAUUGAAGAAUCUAAUCUAUAAGGCAGCGUCAAACAGUGGGAAAACAGGCGUUUAAUCUUCCCCUCUAGAACGAUUAAAAAAAAACUUCAAAGUUUCAACGAUAAACAACAGCAAUAUCCUCGUGAGAGAGAGAGACUUGUCUCCUGAGUGUCUUCUCUUUGGAAUUUUGCUCGUAUCUCUCUGUUUCUCCCUUUAAUGCAACGCUUCUCUUCUUCUUCUUCUUCUUCUUCAUCUUCAGCAAGGGCUUGAAUAUUGAAAACAAGAGGCCAAGGUGUUUUGAAGGGAAACAUGACGGGGGCAUCUGGGAGAUUACCGACAUGGAAAGAGAGGGAAAACAACAAGAGGAGGGAACGGAGGAGAAGAGCCAUAGCUGCAAAGAUAUACACUGGUCUUCGAUCUCAAGGCAACUAUAAGCUUCCUAAACAUUGUGACAACAACGAGGUCUUGAAAGCUCUUUGUGCUGAAGCUGGUUGGAUUGUUGAAGAAGAUGGCACCACUUAUCGCAAGGGAUGCAAGCCACCUCCGUCUGAGCUUGCAGGGACCUCGACAAAUAUCAGUGCAUGUUCAUCUCUUCAACCAAGCCCGCAGUCCUCAUCCUUCCCAAGUCCCGUUCCUUCAUACCAUGCUAGCCCAUCCUCCUCCUUGUGCCCUAGCCCGACUCGAUUCGAUUCGAAUCCAUCGAACUACCUUCUUCCGUUCCUCCGCAACAUUGCUGCCAUCCCAAAUAAUCUCCCUCCUCUUAGGAUAUCCAAUAGUGCUCCCGUGACCCCACCUCUUUCAUCCCCUACUUCAAGAGGAUCUAAGCCCAAACCUGACUGGGAGUACCACCUUUCAAAUGCCUCUCUGAACUCGAUUCGGCACUCUCUUUUUGCCACAUCAGCCCCAUCUAGCCCAACAAGGCGGCACCACCACGCACCAGCCACCAUACCUGAAUGUGAUGAAUCUGAUGCCUCGACCGUGAACUCUGGUCGCUGGAUGAGUUUUCAGACAAUGGCAUCAUCCAAUGCAGCCCCUCCUUCACCCACCUUUAACCUUGUGAAGAGGGUUGUUCAACAGAAUCCUCUCCAAGAUGGUGCCACUAGGCUUGGAGGGGUCACCUGGGGGACAGUUACAGAGAUGGGAAGAGGCUCCGAGUUUGAGUUUGAGAACGGUAGAGUAAAAGCUUGGGAAGGUGAAAGAAUACACGAAGUUGGUGUCGAUGAUCUGGAACUUACACUAGGAACUAGCAAGACUUGUGCAUAGAGCCGUUUCUGCAUUGCAAUAAGAAAUUGAUCAUUCCUCUGCAUUGCUGCAUUAUCGUUGACCAUAUUCAAUGCGAGUUCUUGCAUUGCUCAGAGACCAUCCUUACACCAUAUUUGUGCAAUUUUGAGCUAAAGGAACUCAAGCCUACUUAUCACUAUUUAAUUGCCGUAGACGAACUUACAGGGCUCGAAAGACACCACGAAUUCAAUCUUCUGGGUGACAUGAUGGAAAAUCGAAGUGAUUAUAUGAAAAAAAUUUGUUAAUGUUUAAGUUUUCAGUUUUCUUAUAAUAUCUUCAUUUGCCA